UCUUGGAUGAAUCCCAAACGGCGGUGAUCUUUUUGUGUAGGUGCACUAGGGAGCGAGGGAAAUACUGGGUCUAUUGCGGGUUUUAGUACACUAGAGGUAGAACAAGGAGUAAUUUGGGAUACAGCUUUUGCCUGUUUGAAAUGGAGCCCUCGCUGUACACUGUGAAAGCCGUCUUAAUUAUGGACAACGAUGGAGAAAGACUCUAUGCCAAGUAUUAUGACGACACAUACCCUACCGUUAAAGAGCAGAAAGCGUUCGAGAAGAACAUCUUCAACAAGACACACAGGACCGACAGUGAAAUCGCCUUGCUCGAAGGACUUACGGUCGUUUACAAGAGCAACAUCGACCUGUAUUUCUAUGUUAUUGGCAGUUCGCAUGAAAACGAGUUGAUGCUCAUGGCCGUGUUGAACUGUCUGUUUGACUCUCUCAGUCAAAUGCUGAGGAAAAAUGUGGAGAAGAGAGCCUUACUUGAAAAUAUGGAGGGUCUUUUCUUAGCCGUUGAUGAAAUUGUAGAUGGAGGUGUUAUCCUGGAGAGUGACCCCCAGCAGGUUGUCCACCGAGUGGCUCUGAGGGGUGAUGACGUGCCACUGACGGAGCAGACAGUCACUCAGGUGCUGCAGUCGGCCAAAGAGCAGAUCAAAUGGUCUCUUCUACGAUAAAUCGUACUGUUCCUUCUCUCCAUCAAGACAACGGUGUAUUCAUCAUUACUCUUCUCAUCACUGUUGCCUUCCCCAUUUUCCCCUAUUCUUGUUUCUUAUCCUUCCUGAUGUAGGCUCUCUAAAGGAAACACAAGCAUUAGACUCAAUGUACACUUAAGUGAAGACUAAACAGUACCAGAACGGUCCGUUUCUGAUGAAAAGUGUGGCAGAUGCAGCAUCUAUACGGCGUUAUGUGUAUUCAGUAAUCCUGACAAAGAGUGAGCGAGUAUCUGCACUUCUGUUAGCAGAGACGCUCUAAUUAUUCCAGCACCACAUCAUUUCUCAUAGUGUGUGUGUGUGUGUGAGGGGGAAUAUCACAAUCCUGUGUGAAAGACAAAAGCGAUUUCAGUACAUUCCAGUCAUUGAGCGUUCCUGCUGUUUUCCAUGUCUGUGUUAUGAAAUAAAAAUUAUUGUUUGACUUUUAA